AAAACACGUUUUUGCAAAAUUUGUUACAAUUUCUAUUGGUAUCUGUUAAGUACUGUACUGUACUGGUUUUUAUCGCAUUAGUUGAAGUGAAUUUGACUAAAGAAUGCAAUCAAAUACUGCAAGUACAAGUUUUAUUUGUAUUAAAAAUUCAUUCAUAUAAAUAUUCAACUAAUGAUCAUGAAACGUACAAUUGAUCAAGUUAACGAUAAUAAUUUUAUGCAUAUUUUUAAAUACUACAAGUGUAACAAUAACAAACCAUCGUUUGAGAAUGUAAUAUCAUUUGAAAAAGAUAAAGUUACUGAAAAGGUUGAGGCGUUUAACCCGCAAUAUGUUAUUGAUGAUGCUAGAAUUGAGUUUUUGGGGUUAAAACCAAUAAAUGAGUGGAAAACCUAUAAAUUUGUAAAUCAUCCUGGAUUAAUGCUUAUUAAGAAUCCAUUUACAAGUUUAGGGCAGCGCUAUUGGAUAAGAAAAUGUUUAGAGCAAUAUUCUAGGAAACCAAAUAAAACUAAUUUAGACAUAGAAAUAAUUUUAAAUGAUUGGUGGAAAGAAUGUUACAGGAAAGGAGAAUGUGAUGCAAAGUUACUAAAGAAGAUGCGUUGGACAACUCUUGGUUAUCAUCACAACUGGGACACUAAAAUAUACAGUGAGGAUAACAAAUCAGUAUUUCCUGAAGACUUGGCGGAACUUUGUGAUUGUAUAGCACAAUAUCUGGGAUACCAAGAUUUCAAAGCGGAGGCUGCAAUUGUCAACUAUUAUCAUUUGAGUUCCACUCUCUCAGCUCAUACAGAUCAUUCUGAGAUUAACUUGGAAGCUCCAUUGUUCUCAUUUAGUUUUGGACAGUCUGCAAUAUUUUUGAUUGGCGGAAGAGAGAAAAGUGUAACACCAUCUGCAAUACUGCUUGAGAGUGGUGAUAUAGCUAUUAUGUCAAAAGAAGCACGCCUGUCAUACCAUGCUGUACCAAAAAUUGUAGCAACAGCAUUGGAACCAUGGAAUAAUCUAGAAAAUCCUUCAAUUGAUGAUAAACCUAUAACCUUCAUGUAUAUCACAGAUAAGCAACAAUUAAUAAAUGAUAUGAAUAAAAAUAUUGAUAAAAAUGAAUGGUAUCUGUUUGGAAAGUAUGUAAAAGAAUCCAGAAUCAAUAUGAAUGUACGACAAGUAUUAUAUAAAAAUCAA